CUCAAAUUCAAAAUCGAAAACAAAAUCCAAAACAGCAACAAAAAAAAUAUCAACAACCAAAAUGUCAACAUUACAACAACAACAACAACAACAACCGCAACAGAAUCGUUCGAUUUCUAUUUCGACAACAAAUAAUAAUCAUCAACAACAAACUGCUUCUUGUACUGUUCGAAGCAGCAACAGCAGCAGUCGAAAUAGUGUACAUAGAAAACUAAAUUCAUUUAGAAUUUUUCUAAAAAAAUAUCAAAUUUGGUUUAUAUUUUUAUUUAUAUUUUUAGCAUUAAUAUUGUUGAUUUUAUUUUUAAAUUUUAUAUUUAAAUCAUAUCAUCAUCAUCAUUCAUCAUCAACCGAUUCUUCAUCAACCGAUCCAUCAACCGACUCUUCAUCGACACCAUCAACCGAUCCAUCAUCGGAUAAUGCAUUUACCGAAGAAUGUGUUCAAAUUCAUAAUAAAUAUCGUUCAAAACAUGGUUCAAAACCGGUAAAAUCAUCCAUUGAGUUGGAAAAAAUUGCUGCAAAACGUGCCGAUAAACUAGCCAAAAUGGAUAAAUUAAUACACUUGCCACAAGAUCCAAAUCAACAUUUUGGUGAAAAUCUUUAUAUGAUUUAUGGUUCAUUAAGUAAUUGUCAAAUAGUAACAAAAGCAUGGUAUGAUGAAUUCCAAGAUUUUAAUUAUGAUUUUCAAAAUCCUCAAUAUACAUCAAAUACUGGUCAUGCAACACAAGUUAUUUGGGCCGGUACUCAAGAAAUUGGUUGUUCACAACGUAAAUUUUUUGAUCAAUCAAAUAGACCACAUCAAUAUACUGUUUGUAUGUAUAAUCCACCUGGUAAUAUGAUUGGUGAUUUUAAAAAUAAUGUUUUACCACCAUCACAUUGAACGAACGAACGAAAAAAAUCGAUAAUUUUACCCCUCCGGAA